AUGUUCGGCGUGUUCGUUCCAACCCGACCGGUCAUCCCAGAGAUGGCGACCGUCGGCCCCAAUCAAUUCGCCGUCUCCUUCCCGGCGACACCUCCCUUCCACAACGUCGGCGUCUUCUUACACCCGAAUAGUCCUCUCCCCCCGGACACCGCAGCGGGAGUGUACAUGCAACUGCCCGGCGCGCCGGGGUUCCGCUUCCUCGGCGCCCUCGCCAACGAGAAACCCUCGGCCUUGUUCCGCGUCAAUUUGCCUACCACCACCGCCGCCGCCGCCGUCGGGGACGUCAACCUAGGCGUCUCGGUCGAGCCGGUGCAGAACAUCCAGGCGCAGAUGGCCCAACUUCAGCAGCAGCAGCAGCAGCCGCUGUCGCCACUGUCGCCAACUUCCAACAACAACGACGCAGCACUACCCAAACGACCGCCUCCGGAUACGAGAGUGCUGGCGCAACGAAUCAUCAAGAAUGCGUUCAACUUCCUCGCCAGUUUUGCCGGGAACACGGCCAACGGGAUCGAAGUCGUGCCGUUGAAGAGUUUCCAGGACUGGUGGGCCAAGUUUGAGAGGAAGGUGCAGAACGAUCCGGGCUUUUUGGAGAGGGACGAGGAGUGA